GCAAGAUACAACUGCCACUAUUCCUAGCGCUCCUGAAUAUCCGCAACGAGCUGAAAUUAUGAAACUUUUAUCAGACGGUGCGUGGGAGAAUCGUCUAUGGAUGAUUGAAACUUUGGAGAAACAAGGCUUAAUCGAUGUGAAAGCUGUGGUCCACCCUAUGUUGAGAUGGAACAAAGUUCAGGAAUUCAUGGAUUCGACGUUCCCAAUAACGAUGAGCAUGUUCCCGCUGAAGUUAUGGACUGAAGGGGACCGAGAAAAGUAUGGGCCGCUCUUAGUCCCAGUAUUGAAGAAAUUUUUGCUCGACAAGUACGGCAAUGAUUCACCAUUUGAUCUGAGGAUUGCCAUAACUGCUACAGCAAUGAAAUCAUCUGAAAAUUAGACAGACGAUGAUUAGGAACAUGGUUUACGUAUUACGUCGCAUUGAGUAGACGACAAUCAAAUUGA